AUGCGCCUUUCAAACGCCGUCUUCGUGGCCAGGAGCCUGUUGUUCGCUGAAUCUGCCCUCGCUGAGUACCGGUCUUGUUCGCUACUAGGACCCGAUAUAUCCAUUCCGAGAUACUUGUCAAGCAGCACUGUGUUCCAGGACGCUCUUGUUUCCCUGAAGAAGGCGAUUUCAGAUGCCAUCAGCUCUGGGGUGACGUCCUACGGCGACGUGGAUGCGAAUGCGACGUCCUUCUCCCUGGACAUAUUCUCCAUCCACGAGGAUGAUGCCCUGUUCACGUACCAUUACAAUGCACCUGGCCCUGCGGACUCUACGGAUGGUGUGAGGGAGGUAGAUUCCAACGGUAUCUACCGCCUGGGUAGCAUAUCCAAGCUUCUGACUGUCUAUACCUUUCUCACUACCGUUGGCGAUGUCUCGUUCAACGAGCCCAUCACCAAAUAUGUCCCCGAGCUCGUCGCAUAUGCAGCAGACAGACUUCAUGGAUUGGGAUUCACUAGCGACGCGCUGCUGCUGGCUAGUCUCCCUCCAGGCGUGCCAGCUCCAAUCUUCUCGCCCGUCCCAAGAAACAUCACUGAUGCCGAAUGCCCAAAUAACAACGCUAUACCAUAUAAGCGAGCUGGUGUGCUUGGAAGUAUCAAUUUUCAGCACCCGUCAUUCGCCCCAUAUUGGGGCCCGGCAUACUCAAACAUGGCAUAUGUUCUACUGCGGUAUGCGCUGGAAGAGAUGACGAACCAGUCGUUCCCUUCUCUCUUCGCCUCGAAAGUGACCGGGCCGCUACAGCUGAAAGAUACUUACUAUUCAAAUGCCCCCCUGAGCCAGGGCGUUGUCCCCCACAACGACUCAGCUGCCCAGUACACUGACGAUCUUAUGGACGCUGCCCCCGCCGGUGGUUUCUACUCCUCGACCAAAGACAUGCGACCAAUCGGCAAAGCGAUACUCAGCUCUACACUGCUAUCCCCAGCACAGACCCGCCGCUGGAUGAAGCCCCAGACCUUCGCCGCCAACGACGCGAUGCUAGUUGGGCGGCCCUGGGAAAUCUACAAGGCGCCUCUGCCCGAGAAAUCCGUUUGGAUGUACACAAAGGGUGGAGAUAUUGGACUAUACUCCGCUCAGAUCGUUCUACUGCCAGACUAUGGCAUUGGCUUCAACUUCCUAGGUGCGGGCGACAAGCCCAACGCUCUCAAUGCGGUUGUUACUGACAUCGUCGCCGCAAUCACCGUCCCGGCCUCUGAGCAGGCCGCCAAGGAGGAAGCGGCCCGCGUGUACGCCGGCACAUAUAUGCGCCCUGGAUCGAAUGACACCUUCGUCCUUACCGUGGACGCCAGCCCAGGCCUCCUCAUCUCCCGCUUCCUCAUCAACGGGACGGACGUUGUGGCAGGGUUCGGCGCACAGGGCGACCAAAUACGAAUGUUCCCCAGCGGGCUGCAGAGCAGGAGCGGGUAA